CUCUGUGGUGCUGUCAGAUUGUCUUGUUAUUUAUGUCACCGCAUCGCAUUUGUAGUUAUUGAUAUUAUGAUCUUUUUUACAUGAAAAGUAUAUAAAAAUAAUGAGAUUUUGGGCAUAAUAUCACGUUAUACAUUGUUUUAAUAAUACUCAACAUGAUUAUACAUUAUACAAAUUUUUCAUUAGAGAUUUAGCUGCAAAAGUGUUAUGGAAAGUGUUAAUCAUGAAAUACUUUUGUGUCAUUAUUGUUUUAUGCGUUUCUUCAUGUGAAUCCCAGGCUCUGGCAUCGGAUAAAACAGACACGCGUCCGUUAUUGAAAGGUAAUUCAUUAUCGGAACAGAAAUUAUGGAAUAUAAAACUUGAUAUAUACUUCUCCAAGUCUCUCCCCCCGGUUUUAAGAAAACCCUUAGGAGCUAAUGUACGAUUUAAAUGCGAGGCUAUACUAAACUUCACAAAGGUCGAGAGAUACAUGAAGAACAAACAAGGUGUAGAAACAUCAUUAAAAGAGUCUCCCCCUGAACACAUACAACAGACACUUAUGAAUAAUGUUAAAGUUUACUGGUUAAAAGACAAUAAACCUUUAUUAGAUGCACAUAGAGUAAAUACAUCAACUAAAAUAGAUAUGACCAAUGGAAUUAUAGGUACUAAUUUAACAAUCAAAGAUGUACAUAAUGAUGAUGGAGGUAACUACACUUGUGUCAUAAAGCAAAAUUAUGAAAAGAAACAAACAUCUGUACUUAAAAUAUUAAAAGAUGCAGAUACUCAUGAUAAAUUUGAAAUUCCUACUUAUACAUCACUAUUUCCCAAUUCUGACAGCCAAAAUGAAUUAGAAAUUGUUAAAACGACUCCUGAUUUAAUAUCUGAAAGUAUGCACUUCCAAGCUACUAAUGGAACAAAACAGCAUAUUAACUUUACUUUGAUUCGAAAAUUAGAACCAAUUUGCCAAGAGUAUAUAGGUAAAGUGUGUGCCCUGCAUUUAAAAGGUCAGUUUGUUUACAUUCCAUAUGAUACAACUCAAGCUGAAAUUGAAGACAAACUUGGUAAAGCUUUACAAGUAACAAGAUACUCAAAUGAUAUAAGUUCAAAUUGUGAGGGGUAUGCACUGCCUAGUCUCUGCUAUUCAACAUUUCCAAUAUGCAGGGACCCCUUGGUGACCAAUGAUAACUUUAUGAAAGAAGCUAAAAUAAUUCUAAGUAUUCUUUCUACUACAAAUGCAUCAACUGUAUCUAAUAGCAAUUAUGAUGACAAUACUCCAGAAAUUGUAUUUGCAAAUUUACCUCAAGGAGUUUUGCCACAAAUUAAUGGUAUUUUUAAUAAAACUGUCACCAUUGAAAAGUUGAACUAUCGUUAUAACUCCACUAUACUGAGAAGAGUUUGCAAACAAGAUUGUGAAAUAUUAGAAAAUGAAUUGUGUCAAACAGAAUAUGCUAUAGCUAAAAGACAUCCUCAUAUUGGUCAGCAAUUAACCCUAGAAGACUGUCAAGAUUUACCAGAAGAUGAUCCAGAUUGCCUUAAAAUAGGAAUAGGUGCAGUGAUGGUUUCUGAUGAUGAAUGUUAUUGGGAGAAUGGAAAUGGAUAUCUGGGUAGAGUAAAUGUUGCAGAUAAUGGAAUGACUUGCAUUGAAUGGUCUAAACAAAUGCAUGUUCGUGUCUCAGAUUAUCCAGAACUUGCUGGUAGACAUAGUUACUGCCGAAACCCAGCUGGAUUAAAAUCACAACCUUGGUGUAUUGUAGAGAAAGAUGGAAAAACUGAUAAACAGCUCUGUGACAUUCCAAAAUGUGCUCACAAAAUUUGGAUUUAUAUUGUUGUUGUUUUCCUUAUACUUACUUUGUCAAUUAUUGCUUUUGUCAUUUGCCUUUGCUAUAGACAUAAAAACAAAGGAAAUGCUGCCACAAUAAGAGACAUUAACCUACCCAAUGCUGAUAAAAACAUCUAUGGGAAUUCUCGAUUAAAUUCCCCUAUUGAAAUGAAUGAAUUGUUAACAAAUCAAAAUAUCAACAAUCAACCACACCUAACCAGAAACACUCGUGGCAAUGGAGUUUUACGCAUACCUCAAUAUUCCCUAGCACAAAUUAAGUUUUUGGAGGAACUAGGUGAAGGUGCAUUUGGAAAAGUGUACAAAGGUGCACUAAAAAAGAAUGGAGAUACACAAUAUGUAGCUGUGAAAGCCCUUAAAGAAAAUGCAUCUGCUAAAACUCAAGCAGAUUUUAAAAGAGAAAUUGAUUUAAUUUCUGAACUUACACAUGAAAAUAUAGUAUGUAUUGUGGGAGUAGCACUUAGAGAAGAACCCUUGUGCAUGUUAUUUGAAUUUAUGGCUCGAGGAGAUCUUCAUGAAUUUUUAAUGGGUAGAGCACCUCCAUCUGGCAAAGGUCUACCACCAAUGAGAUUACUGAACAUUGCACACAAUAUAGCAUCUGGAAUGCAAUACCUUGCUUCACAUCAUUAUGUUCACAGGGAUUUGGCUGCCAGAAACUGUUUAGUUUCUGAUGAUUUUAUUGUAAAAAUAUCAGAUUUUGGACUAUCAAGAGACAUUUAUAGUUCAGACUAUUACAGAGUGCAAUCUAAGAGUCUGUUACCAGUAAGGUGGAUGCCACCAGAGUCUAUUCUUUAUGGAAAAUUUACAACAGAGAGUGAUAUUUGGUCCUAUGGAGUUGUGCUCUGGGAAAUAUAUAGUUAUGGAUUACAACCAUAUUAUGGAUACAGCAAUCAAGAAGUAAUAUCAAUGGUUCGCGGCGGCGAGCUCCUGGCAUCACCAGCCGCUUGUCCAUCUCCUAUGUAUAUGCUCAUGAGAGAUUGUUGGAAACAUACACCCCAGAGACGUCCCAAUUUUGAGGAAAUUGUUAAUAGGAUUCAUGAAUGGAUUCAGAUGGGUGGUUGUCCUGACAAUGCCCCCUCUGACUCUGGGAGCUCAUGUGGGCAUAGACCUAGUGCAUCAAGUAGAGAUUUACAAGAAAGAGUACCCCUCUUGCCUCCACAUUGCUCGUCAUCUAAUGGCUCUUUGACAACAGGAGGGAGUCUCAAAAAAUUCAAUGUUGCUGGGUCUAGCUCAAAAGGUGCUGAAGACAAUUGUUCCACAUGCAGCGAAGUGCCCCCUCUUGCACCUAAAUUGAAAAAACAUAGUGCAGGUUCUCUUAUAGAUACAGAAAGAAUUGGAAGAGAAACUGUCAUCCGAAUACCAAAUACACAGCAUGGUAAUGAAAUAUAGUUUUCAUUAAAGCAUAUCUAGAAAAAAGAUAGAUAGUAAAUGUAUAAUAAAGAUAACUUACAUUAUUAAAACGACAAGAGAACUGUUAUUACGCCCAAGUUGUAAUUUAAAGAUAAAAUUGUGCAUGUAAAAAUCUUCACCGAUAUUAAUAAAUUUACAGAAAAGAAGAGUUCCAUUUAUAACAAUUAAAAUGUAUGUAUUUAUCAUCUACUUAAAAGUUAGUAAGUUUCAAUGGUUAGUGUUUUAUUAGUUCAUACGUUUUAAUAGUAAAUGUAAUUAGAAUUCAGUAAAGCGUAAAUAGCAGGAAUAGCUGCCGCCUUAAAUCUAAUUAGUUUUAUAUUUAAAAACAAAUUUCCAAAAUCUACUUGUAUCUUUAGAAAUUUGUUUUUAAUCUACGAUAAAAAAAAAGGACCUGCCUAACUGAUAACUAUUUUUCACUGUGACACAAUAUUAAUUUUCGUAUUAUGUAAUUAAGGUUAAAUAGGAUAUUUAGAGUUAAAGGUGAAGCAAAAGUUCACAUUUGUAUUUAUAUAAUUAAGACAAUAGCUUAUUUAUUACUUUCAAGCUUUCUAAAGACUAAACAUUAAAAGCUACAUAUUUCAAGCUUUCAUUAAAAUAAUAAUAAAUAGCCCUGGACGUAACGCACAGCGUCAUCUUUUUCAAACUCAGCAGAGCUUGUGCUGUGCGUAGGAAUUAGAUGGCUGAUACAUCAUAUUUUUUUUUUAUAAAUACAUUCCUAAAUAUACAUGCAGUCACCCAACACAAUUCAAACAGUCAUAUUCUUGAAUACAGAUGUGUAUGAUGGAAUCUGCGAUUACUAAAUUUGUCAUAUACUUAACCAUUUUUUUUAGUUUUUAACUCAUAUUUAAUUCUAUUUUAAUUUCAUUCUAUUUUCGCUCUGGAUGAUAUCCUGUCCAUUAAAGACAAACUAUUUCUGUUUUAAAAAGAACGACAAUCCGCCAUCUUGACGCGUCCGCUUCAUUACAUAUAAUUGUACCCGACUAACAUAGUCCAAUAUCUAUCUUUAAACCAAGUUGCCUACGAGCUAUAAUAGAUUGGACAUAUAUUAUAACUCGUAAGCUACUAUCAAAAAAUUUAAUGAUGGGAAAAGUAAUCCGCUAUCUAAAAACAUCCACCGUGGUAUUUUACUUCUAUUUUAUUAAUAAAUGAAAUUAAACCCGUAUAAAAACAUGUUUUGAUAAUUAAUGUAGAUAAAAAAUCGUUAAUAAUAAUCAUAAGAAUUCAAUAAAACAAAAAAAUAUCUACGGAUUAUGACUAAAAUGCACCAUUUUAGUGUAUCCGUGGUAUUUGGAUUGCACGAAAUCGAACAUUAUUUAUUUACCCGACUUAAAGAACGUAAUGCUCAAGAAUGAAAAUUAGUAUUCUAUUGCAUGUAAGUUGUAAUAAUGAGAAGAAUAAUGUUUGUAAGUUUAGUGUGAUGUUACAGUAAAUGGUAUUUCUUAAUAAUUUUAGUUAUUUAAAAAUAUAAGCUAUCAAAAUUGUUGACUGAUCGUCUUUAUGUUUAUUUAUUUUAGGAUUCGUAUUUACUGAAUAUAAAAUAUAUAAUUGACUUUUGUUUGAGCAAUAGUCAUAAUGGACAGCUAAUUCUUGCUUAAUAAGUAUUAUUGAUUGCUUUAAAUUCAAUAUUUAAUCGCUAAAGAUGAGUUGAUUUAUUACUUAUAUUGAGUGAUCAUUUAAUAAUUAGUAAGUAAUUAACAAAAUUUUUAGUACAUAUAUUAUUAUUUUAUCCCGCCACAAUAUGCUCAAGUACAUAAAUUGUUUAAUUUCAAUAACAUAAUGUGUGUUAUGUUUUUACUAGCAGCUGACAUGUGGUUAUUCAUGUUUAAACAUUUUACUUCUAAAUAUCUUGAUUGAUAUUAACAUUUAUUUUUUCAUAUAAAUUGAUUAUAAACUUAUAGACAUAUUAUUAUAUGUAGUUGUUAAAAAUCUACUCACUACAUAUUCUUACACAAGAGUCGCUAUGCAGGUGUCAAGUUAAAAUUCAAAUGACAUUAAAAAAUUAGUUCAUACUCAUUUGUUUAGCGUCUUACGCCUACCUAUAAAUUUGAAAUUUUUAGUGAGCAAUAAGAAGACAAGACAUUCCCAAAUUUUAUCUAUUCUGUGUACUAAUAUGAUAAUAGUAUAUUAUUUGAUCCAACAGUAUUACCUAUAUUAUAUAGGUAGUUAUUUGUUUGAGAUUUAGAUGCAUUGUGAAUGUUACCCACUGACAAAUAAUUUUCGGAAAACGGUAAUCUUAGAAAAACACACAUGAUUUGAAAUUUUCUUUUAAGUACGAAAAGCUUUUUCGUACUUAAUAAUUAUGAGCACCUGCCUAUCGAUAGAUACGUUUUCACUACCGCAUGAUUACAUAGAACUAGAUAAAAACGUCUGGCUUCAUGUUACUUCUUAUACGUACGAAAAGAAAACGCAUCUAUAUACAUAAGUCAUUAAUUUUUGAGGAACUGGUAUUAAAUAUACCCAAAUCUUAUCAAGAUGAACAGAUGAUAGACGGGUUUAUAGGCACAUUAAAUAACAUUAUGAUUUACUAUUAUUUAUUGUACAAAUUACAUAAGAAUAUUAUUUGCUAAUUUUUUUUUUAUUAAUAUUUUCGUGCAAUUUAUACAAAUUUAAUAAAUUCCAAAGUCACAUAAGUUUAGAUUGAAAUUAUUUAAAAUGUAUCAUGUUAAACUUAGUUACCUAUACUCUACGUAGAUAUGCCAAUUUUGCCGUAAAACAAGUAAUAAAACGAUUUAUUGUAUUAAAAUAUUCUUACGUAAUAUUUUAUGUAAUGUAAGUACAUACGUAAUUAAGGCUCUAAGAUAUUUUGAUCUUAAGAUUUUCAUUGUCCACGUUACAAUAUGAUCUUACCAGCUGCAAACUAAGUUUAGCACAAGUAUUGAUUUCCCUUACGACUGCUGACCUUAAAAUAUGACUGCCUAUAUAUUUAACAUACUUAUGUAAUUAAUCAUAUCAAACCGAAAUCGAACUAUUAAGAUUAAUCUUGUAUCAUGUUGCGGAGGUACGUAAUAGCAACUUAGUCCAGUUCAUAAAAUGAUUCAUAUCGUAUAACCCGCCGAUGACAAUAGACCUGAUAGUGCAUUAAUAUUACGCCGUCAACUUAAGUUGCCUAUUAAUUAAACUAGGUAUACGACAUGAUUUAUAUGAUUCUUGUAUAUAUAUAACUAACAUAUUAUAACCCAAAAUCUUAAAUUUGACUCUCAAGAGAUUAUAGACCGCCUUCAUUGAUCAUAAUCAGUGAAUACUUAGAGUUAGCUUACGUGCCUUUUGAAGCACAAAGCAAAUUACAAUUCCUAUCAUCGAAAUAAACUGCCAUCUUACAUUUCCUAAGCAAUGCAUAAAUAUUAAAAUCGAUAAUAACCAUGACUGAUACUGCCAUUCCAAUUUGUUAUUUUUAUAACUUAAGAAAGCAACGAGUUAUUUCUUGUUUAGAAAAAAAAAUACAAUAAUGAUAUAUAAAAAUGAGGUACACAAUGAAACAGCCUUUCAAAAUUCAGAACUGAAAAUUUAGUACCAUGCAUUUUUAUAUUGUAUACUUUUUAAUUGUAUAGGUAGUAUUUAUACCUACCAAGUUUGCGUCUGUACUUGCCAAAGACUUUUUUGUAUGUGAUACUUUUACUUUUGUACCUAGAUGUUAAUUGUAUU